AUGGCUUCUGCCGAAUCUCCAGUCAAUGCCAACCACGUAGACGACAAUGGUCUGGCCGAGUCCUUGAACCAACUCAAUGUUGGCGAAAGGGAAAACGAACAGCCCAAGACGGAGGAAGACUAUGCGCAGUCGCAACUCACGCUCAGGGCUAUAGUUUCCACCAAAGAGGCUGGCGUCAUUAUCGGCAAAGCCGGGAAGAAUGUGGCUGAUCUCAGAGAAGAAACCGGUGUCAAGGCUGGUGUUAGCAAGGUCGUUCAGGGCGUCCAUGACCGAGUCUUGACAGUCACCGGCCCGCUUUCCGGAAUUGCAAAGGCCUACUCGCUUGUAGCCAAGGGUUUGCUGGAGGGAGCGCCCCAAGUCGGCAUGGGAGGAGUGGUCCAGAACAACGGCACUCAUCCAAUUCGACUUCUGAUCUCUCACAAUCAGAUGGGCACUAUCAUCGGCCGACAAGGUCUGAAGAUCAAGCAUAUCCAGGAUGUGUCUGGUGUUCGCAUGGUCGCGCAGAAAGAGAUGCUGCCGCAGUCAACAGAACGUAUCGUGGAGGUGCAGGGUACCCCGGAAGGCAUCGACAAGGCCGUUUGGGAAAUCGGAAAGUGCCUGGUGGAUGACUGGCAACGUGGCACGGGUACUGUCUUGUACAACCCAGCUGUUCGCGUUCAAGUCGGUUCUGGUCCUCUCCCUCCUGCCGUGGGCGGAGGUUUGCCAGCCGGCAACAAUUACAUUGGCGGAGGCCGUUCAUAUAAUCGCACCGGGAAUGGAGCCGACUUCAGCGAAUCUCGCGGUUAUACUCGAGGCAACGACCUGCCCCGCGGCGGCAUUCCAAUGGUCACAGAAGACGGAGAAGAAGUCCAAACGCAGAAUAUCAGCAUCCCUGCCGAUAUGGUCGGCUGCAUCAUCGGACGAGGAGGCUCCAAAAUCAGCGAAAUCCGAAAGACCUCCGGGGCCCGAAUCUCCAUCGCAAAGGCACCCCAUGAUGACACGGGUGAAAGGAUGUUCACCAUCAUGGGAAGUGCCAGCGCGAAUGAAAGGGCUCUAUAUCUCCUAUACGAAAACCUGGAAGCGGAGAAGGGACGUCGACAACAGGUUUCUUCCGAAUAA